AUGACGGCCCUUCAGAUUUUGCAGAAUUUCUCGUCAGUGCAUGCAAUUACCACGGCAUUGCAAUCGAAUAGUGUGUUCAAUUUGAAGAAGACUUGGGCAGCUGUGUCAAAGAGCCGUAAGACAACAUUUGAAGACCUUUCAAAUAAUGAAGAAGAUAACUUUAUAGCAAGUAGAGAGCUGCUAAUGGAGGAUAUAGUUCAGGGAAUUGUGCCGUACCUGGGAACUUUCUUAACAGAGUUUUCAGUGCUGGAUUCAGCUUUCCCUAAUUACCAUUCAAAUGGCUGGAUCAACUUUGACAAGAGACAAAAACUCCUCUGAACUCGAGAAACCGCCAAAGCCCAAAAAGAGUGUGUUGAAGCGCCUCAGCUGCCUGUUUUCAAGGAGAGGUGUUAAAGUACACAGCGCUCCAACUAAAAGCUCUGAGCAGCCAGCAUCCCUUCGGAAUGAGGAUUCAGACGAGAGCAUUACCUCAGCCAGACACUUGGAAAUGGAAGAGCCAAGCACCUCGC